GACGGAACAAGGAAAGCGCUGAGCAGCGAUGACACAGCACCCUACCACUAUCAGGCGGAAGUGACACGUGAUCACAAACACACACAGCUCCCCCCCUCCCCGGGGCACUCACUGCAAAGAUGGCGGCGUCCAUGCUGAGAUUCUGUUCACCUGUCGGACGCAGAGUGAUUAGCGGUUUAUCGACCAGCAGAUUACAGCCUGCACAGUUUGUAUUACACAGAUGUAGGUCUACACUAGCAGCAACACAAGCUGUUUUAAAUGUCCCUGAAACUAAAGUAACAACAUUAGAAAAUGGACUUCGAGUCGCCUCUGAGGAUUCAGGAAUUUCUACAUGUACGGUUGGCCUGUGGAUUGGUGCUGGUAGCAGGUAUGAAAACCAGAGAAAUAAUGGGACUGCACAUUUUCUGGAGCACAUGGCAUUUAAAGGAACAAAAAAACGAUCGCAGCUUGACCUGGAGCUUGAAAUUGAAAACAUGGGUGCUCACUUGAAUGCAUACACAUCACGGGAACAGACUGUGUAUUAUGCCAAGGCCUUCUCCAAAGAUCUGCCUAGAGCUGUAGAGAUCCUUGCAGACAUUAUUCAGAACAGCACCCUGGGAGAAGCUGAGAUUGAACGUGAAAGAGGAGUCAUCCUGCGGGAGAUGCAAGAAGUGGAAACUAAUCUACAGGAGGUGGUCUUUGAUUAUCUGCAUGCUACUGCCUACCACAGUACUGCUUUGGGUAGAACCAUCCUGGGACCUACUGAAAAUAUCAAAUCCAUAAACCGCAAUGACUUGGUUGAAUACAUCACAAUGCACUAUAAAGGACCUAGAAUAGUUCUUGCAGCUGCUGGUGGUGUGUCACAUGAGGAAUUACAUAAUUUAGCAAAGCAUCACUUUGGUAAUUUGCCUGCAAUAUUUGAUGGAGAGACCCUUCCUGCAUGCACCUUUGCAGGUAGUGAGAUUCGUGUUCGUGAUGAUAAAAUGCCACUAGCUCACAUUGCCAUUUCUGUUGAAGCGGUAGGCUGGUCUCAUCCCGAUACCAUCCCACUCAUGGUGGCCAAUACAUUAAUUGGCAACUGGGAUCGAUCUUUCGGAGGUGGUGUGAAUUUAUCAAGCAAACUUGCUCAGAUCACCUGUCACGGAAACCUGUGCCACAGCUUCCAGUCCUUCAAUACCUGUUACACGGACACUGGUCUUUGGGGCUUGUACAUGGUUUGUGAACCAAACACCGUGGAAGAUAUGAUGCACUUUGUGCAGAGAGAGUGGAUAAGACUCUGCACUAGUGUUACAGAAAGUGAAGUUGCAAGAGCCAAGAAUCUACUGAAAACCAACAUGUUGCUUCAGUUGGAUGGAUCAACCCCUAUCUGUGAGGAUAUCGGCAGACAGAUGUUGUGUUAUAACCGAAGAAUACCAUUGCCUGAACUGGAAGCAAGAAUUGAUUUGAUUGAUGCUCAAACAAUAAGAGAUGUGUGCACCAAAUACAUUUAUGAUAAGAGUCCAGCUGUAGCAGCUGUUGGUCCCAUUGGACAACUCCCUGAAUAUGACAAGAUCCGAAGUGGAAUGUACUGGCUUAGACAAUGAGCACAUCUUUUCAAUACCAGUGGUGUUUUGUGGUCUUUUUCUUUUUGUAAACACAAUUUGAAGGAUUUUUAGAUUUCUCUUAUAUGAGCCUUGUAGGACUCUAGUGUUUGCUGUAAAUACUACAGAACUCAUUAAGAACAUUGACUGUAUAGAUUAAGAAAAACAGUGUUUAAUAUAAUUUAUCCAACCAAAUACCUGUGCAGUAUUUUGCUUAUUUUUUUUAUUAUAAAACAUAACACAAACAAA